UCCGAUGCGUCGUGUUAAUCCACGAGAGGCGCUCUUGGCCCGCAAUGAAAGAUUUUCGAGAGGCGCAAGCAGAUCUGCCGACAACUACCGAAAUACCAUACAUCAUGGCGGAGGGCAACGACUUCCCGCAUGCAGAGAAUAAAUAAAUGACGAUCGAUAAAAAGGAAGAAAUAAAGCUAAGGCGCAUUUUUUGAUAUCCAUCAUCCAAAGAUGAACAUCAGACGUUUGCCGGGUUUUAUGUACCACUAUAAAUUCGUAUCAUUAGUAAUAUUUCUAUUGCUAAUAACGACAAUCUACUUAUUAAUCCACUGGGGAAUAAUGUGUACGAAUUUAGAGGCAUGGAAACACGUAUCUACAGUGUGUUCCAUGCACAGUUCUGGAGCGGCCGCUGGAAUAUUGUGCGGUCCUCUUUGCUCCGAAAAAAGAAUUCAUUCACUGGCAUGUGAGAACCUUCACGCAGGCAAAGAAGCUGUGUUUUCAGCACACUGGGAGACCACAAGACUUGUCUUUAAGGCUUCCAGGAUACACACACACACGGAUCAAUCUGAGGCUCUUUUCUGGACGGACACCGGAGGGAGUCGACAUUUUCCGUCUGAAGAAGAAUUCGGAAGCAUGAUUAAAGAUCUAGUAGUAAACAAAUUGAACGUUACGGUAACUGGUCCACAGCUACAGCGACUAAGUCGAUUGCGGAGACAUCACGUCGAAACUAAUCCUACCAGACGUCAUUUGGAAAUGGAAAAUGUCUGGCCACUUCUUCAGGAGAACGAGUACAUAAUGUCGAUAAUUUACGAAGACAGGGACGUCUUUCCACAAUUAGUUGGAACCUGCGGAACAUUUUUUGCCGUAGAAUAUGCCAAGCCCAUUCAAACACCAACUACAAUUCUUGCACUCUCAGAUUCAAAACCAGAGUGGGCCAAAAGGUUGAAAUUGGCCGUAAUGAUCCUGGACCUAUUAGAAGAAUUCGAUGCAAACUUUGCAGAGCCUUUACACCUCUGCGACGUAAAGAUCAAUCAUUUUGGGCUUCCUCCGGGUGGGCAAAGAUUAAAGUUUCUGGAUCUAGACGCGGUCUUCCCAAGGUCAGCAGUAGGUCGUCUCGUAGCUGAUGGGCGAAGCUGCCAGAAGCACGAAGACUGUGACUACUUCGAUUGCAGGUCCUUCUGCUCGGUGAAUAAGAAGUGCGAGUCUCCAGUAGCAAACGAUAAUCUUCAAGUAAUAUGUGAAAAAAUAUUUCUCGGAUGGACGUUAUCCGGAACAAUAAUAAUUCCUGGUUUGCUGAUGUCGCAACAUACUACAAGCACUUUAGCAGUCAUGCUGAGACAAUGUGCGAACCCAGCUGGAGAUCUAACGCAUUUGCCGAGAGCUGCCGUGCCGGAUAGUCUAAAAUCGAGGUUGUAUAAUAUGCUCAGUGAAAUGGAACAGCGGUUCAGUGGCUUACAGUGAAGAAAAUUCUAACGGAAAUAUAAAACAAAAAUGAAAGAUGCCUUCAAAGUUAGUUUAAAGAUAACUUAAUUGAAAAGUUACCGUAGUUCCUACGUACACAAUCCCGUACUAUGAUUAAUUAGGUGAGAAAUGAUCGCAUUGGAUCAAAUGAUAAUAGUUGUUUAAUGAGCACUUAUAACAUAUGAGUGAAACCAAAGAAUUUUUGUGCGAUAACAAAAUAUUUAAUUAUUAAUAGAUUUUAUAGCGCCGAUUUAGUGUAUUAUAGUCUUCCGCAUAGGAUAAUUAUUUGGCCCAAUGAUUAAUGUACUUAUUUACGAUAAUUAGAAUACUAUCGAAAUUCAAUCAAUAAAUGAAAUUAUUACUAUUAUUA